CGUUCAGGAGCCGGACAACAUGGUGGCGGUGUGAGGGAAGCUCACCGAGAAACAGAGCGUGUUAGGGCCGGUUUACAGCGACAGCGCAGACGCAGCGAUGAUUCUCCCGGCGCUCAGGUGUGCGGUGUGGUGCGGGUACCGGAGAGGACUCCAGCAGAGCCAGCGAACGCCUUUAAGACAAUGGAUGCUGCGGAGAGGACAAAAUACAGUCGUCGCUGAAAGUGGGCCUUCACAGACCUCCGCAGUGACCGUUCCCAACGCAGCGACGAAUCGUAUCGUAGGCCGAUGGCUGGUGGGAUGCAGCGGGCUUGUAUUGGGGGCCAUAGUCUUGGGAGGUGUUACCAGGCUGACUGAAUCCGGCCUGUCCAUGGUGGAUUGGCACUUAGUGAAGGAGAUGAAGCCGCCGCGGACGCAGGCUGAGUGGGAGGCUGAGUUCUCCAAAUAUCAGCAGUUUCCAGAGUUCAAAAUAAUGAACCAUGACAUGACCCUGACUGAGUUCAAGUUCAUCUUCUACAUGGAGUGGGGACACCGCAUGUGGGGCAGGCUGGUGGGAUUGGCCUACAUCCUCCCCACCGUGUAUUUCUGGAAGAAAGGCUACUUCAACCGCUCUAUGAAAGCUCGUGUGCUGGGCCUGUGUGGCUUCGUCUUCUUCCAGGGUCUCCUGGGCUGGUACAUGGUGAAGAGCGGCCUGGAGGAGAAGCCGGAGUCUUAUGAUAUUCCUCGUGUCAGCCAGUACAGACUGGCCUCUCACCUGGGAUCGGCCCUUCUGCUCUACUGCGCCAGCCUGUGGACGGGUCUCACGCUUAUGCUUCCUGCAAACAAGCUUCCUGACACCAAGCGUGUGCUGCAGCUCCGGAGGUUCGCUAAGGGAACGGGUGCCCUGGUCCUCCUCACAGCUCUCUCAGGGGCUUUUGUCGCUGGACUCGACGCUGGCUUGGUGUACAACUCCUUCCCAAAGAUGGGCGAGUACUGGGUUCCUGACGACCUGCUGGCCUUCUCUCCAGCCAUCAAGAACUUUUUUGAGAACCCCACCACCGUCCAGUUUGACCACCGCGUACUGGCUAUUGGCUCAUUAGCAGCCAUCACUGGCCUCCACCUCUUCUCCAGACGCAUGCUUCUGCCCAGGAGGGCAAAGAUUGCAAUCAGCUGCCUGACAGCCAUGGCUUACACACAGGUGGUUCUUGGCAUCUGCACCUUGCUCCUGUACGUGCCCACCCCCCUGGCGGCUACUCACCAGUCUGGAUCAGUCGCGCUGCUUACCUUUGCCAUCUGGGUCCUCGCCGAACUCCGCAAGGUGGCCAAGUAGAUCCCCCCUGUUCACUUUCUGCCCCGUAGGCACCUCUAAUCAGGUCCGGAGAGACUCUCUACUCAGUUAAGUAAAACAGACUCGCCCUUCUGCACCGCAGGCGGUUUAAUCCGUCUCCAAUUUGGGUCAAAUACAUGGAAGAAGUUAUAUUUCUGCUGAGAUCGUUCAUUAAGGGUAAUGAAAAGCGCGGCUGCCCGCUGCGGCGGCGUCUCGGGGUGCUGCGAGGAGAUCUCUCCCGCGGCGCCGCGUCUGAAUACUGUAUGCAAUUUGAAAUUGUCGUGAUAAUGAAAUGUUUCAGAGUUCACAGCUUGUGGUUUAUUGAUUUCCCUGCAAAAUGAUGGUGAUUGACUUCUGGCACACCACACUCGAUAGUUAAUCUGAUACCUGAUAAAACGGUCUGAUAUCGUCGUCAUGGCACUGUUCUGAAGCCCCACUGCAUGGUAAUAAAAUUAGAGUCGGGUGACUCAAGGCCUUCAUAUGUUCUAUCAUUAAAUUAUGUUUGUCAGUAAAUCAGGCUUGGGUGAGCAGGUGGUAUCAUAAACCUGGAUUUAUGGGUUUGGCAAGCUGCUGAUUGAGACAGACUGCUUUAAACUAAUACUCCAGCAUAUUCUGAUCCACCACAUCUGUAUUAGACCACUAACACAUCUGUAUUAUACCACUGAUUACCAUGGACAAGAUAUCAACAAGGUCUCCUAGUGCUUAGAAAAGAACAGAAAGCCAAUGCACUCGAAACAAACAUAAUUGGGUGAUUCUUCAUUUGGAGUGGGAAUUUGGGUAGAUACGUUUUUAAAAAAUCAAUUUUUUUAUUCCAAAACUGAAUAAUAAAAAAAUGUUAGAACAUACGAAUCUAGAACUUUCAGGGGCUCAUUAUUAUAUAUCCCAGUCUUUGUUAACUUUUAUCCUUGUUUAUAUAAUAAUGAACAUAUAGUUUCAGCCCCUUGGUUUAAAACAAACUGGGUUCUUGUGAAGGGAACACUUCAUGGCAUUUGCUUCAUAUACACGCUCAUGCCUAGCUCAGUAAUCAGAUUUCUCAGUUUGUGACCUCUUACUCUGAUUUCUUUCGUGUUUCUCAGUCUGAGCAUGUGAAAUAACCAGAAAUAAGCGAGCAGCAACAAAACACUUUUGGAGCAGUGCUGAAACCAAACACGAAAUAAAGGACUUAAAUAUUCUUCAUCUUCUAGAUGAUGUAUGUUCAUAUUUUGAGGUAAAGUGGUGAUGAAAAAAAAAAGGAAAAAUGGCAUAAAGUUUGAGUUUACGUUACGUUUACGUCUCGUCUUCUUCUGUGAGUUUAUUGGCUGGUUGCAAAGCAGAAAUCUGAUUACUGUCUGACUCAUGUAGACCUGGAGUACUGGAUUGAUGGUCGGUUACCGGUCAAAACAGUUUGCUAAGAGAUUUGCAUCCCGAAUUGAAGCCAGUGUGCAGUUGCUGAAUUCUAUAAAUACGCUUGAAAUUCCAUAAAAAUGAUAUAUUUGAAAUAUUUGACUGUAUAAUACAAAUGAGAGUCCAUAUCAUACACAGAUGUGACGGAUAGAGACAAGGCUUAAAAACACUGGAGUAUUUCUUAAGAGCUGGAAUAACUCAGUUAGCUGCCAAACAACUGAAUCUACACACUGAAAAAAGAUGGUUCUUCAAGGGUUCUUUAGGAAAGAAAAUGGUUCUAUAUAGAACUUUUUUGAAAAGGGUUCUAUAUAGCACCCAAAACAUUUUCUUCUAUUUUUACAGGCUUGACAUCGUAACAAUAGAAGACCCCUAUUUGGUGCUAUAUAGAACAGUUUUCAAAAAGGAUCUAUAUAGAACCAUCUACAGCACAUUCUCCAUCAGUCUGAAGAACACAGUCACAAUGCUAAGAACCCUUUAGUCAUGCUGAAGGUUCAAGGAUUCUUUAGUAAAGAAAAUUGUUCUAUAUAGAACCUUGAACACUCAAAGAACCCUUUGCAAGCUUAAAGCUUUGCAUCAUGAAAUGGUUCUUCAGAUUGAUGGACAAUGUGCUGUAGAUGGUUCUAUAUAAAUCCUUUUGAAAAGGGUUCUAUAUAGCACCAAAGAGAGCUCUUCUGUUGUUACGAUGUCAAGGCUGUAACAGUAGAAGAACCCUUUUUGGUGCUAUAUAGAACCCUUUUCAAAAAGGUUCUAUACAAAACUAUUUUCUUUACUAAAGAACCCUUGAAGAACCAUCGUUUUUAAGAGUAGUUUUAUAGCUGAAAGACCCUUUGUUGUUCUUUGAUACUCAAAUGUAAAUAAAAUUAUUUAUAUCAUAAACAGCUGUUUACAUUUAUUAUGUCUGUUUGCCAAAAAUAAAAUGAUUUAAAUAUU